AUGCCCAGCUCGGCCCCCUCUGCGCCCAAAUCUCCCAAGGUGUCCCCAGCAUACACCAAUCCCACGCGGCAUACUACAGGAGGUCCUGCUCGCUCCAAGCCGAGCGAGUCGGAGCUAGAAGCUAGGUUGGCCAAGGCUAGAGCGGCUAAUGAGAACAUCAUGGCUAGACGAGCACAAGUGGAGGAAGACUUGCAGAGAUAUGGAGAGAGGACCAAGGAAGAAGAGGCGAAGAGGAGGGAAGCAAUGCAAAAAGAGGCGCAAGUGAAAAGGGAGAAAAAGGAGAGGAUGAGAAAGGAAAGAGAGAGAGAUGUGAGUUGGCUCUGUGGUAGCGGUGGCCCGCUAAGCCAUCGAAUGACGUCACGUGUACGCCUGUGAGAAUGCCUCGUGCAAUGUCAACACGAGAUGCUGAUCAAAGUUUCUUUGUGUUAUCGCCUCGCAGGCCGCUAUAGCGCAAGAGAGAGCAGCGAAUGCGGCGCGAAAGUUGCAGCACUCUUCCACCAGGGCUUGGGACGCGGAAAAGGAAGAUCAAGUGCACAAGCCUUGGGAGAGGAAUGUACGACCGGACGCUGUACAAGGUGGCGCUCGAGCAAGAGGUGCGAGACCAGAAAGAGGCGCCUAG